UGUUGCUUGUCGAUCGUCCGCCAUUCGCUCUCUGCUCUCAUCAGGCCAUGUCCUGUUGAGCAUCCGGCCGUUCUCCAACCCCACGGCGUCGGCUUGGCCUGCAUGGAUGCUCUGCUUGCAUCACUGCUCAGCCCCGCUCUUCUCUCUGCCACCAUGAACCCAAGCCAAUCCGCUGGAUCGGCGUCCGCUGCCCAGUCCGUGUCCGUUGUCCUCCCUGCAUCCGAAUGGUCGAUCCUCGAAUGGCUCAGUUUGGCCGAGGCCGUCCAUCAAUGCGGAUUCGAGCACUGGAACGAGGUCUCCCGCGCCUUGCAGAAAGUACCGAUCUUUGACAGGCAGCCGUCCUUUUACUCGCCCCAGGGAUGUGCCCAGGAAUAUCGGCUCCUUGCCGACUUUUUCUGUCCCAAUCGCGAUGGCGCACAAAAGGCCGAGCAAGUGCUCAAGAUCGUUGCACGGAAGCUGAAUGAGCUGCGGGUCACCGAGAUACAGCAGUCGCUACACGAAAUCGACUUGACGAUACGCAAAAUCAACCAGAAUGUCAUCGACAUCAAGUCUGGCAAUCUCGACGAAUACUUGCUCACGACCAACCAGCAGAAACAAGCCGCUGCCGCUGCCGUGGCCGCUGCUGCAGUCGUCCGGCAGCUGGCUGCAUCGACGACACAAGCCUCGCUGCAUCCUUCGAACCUGGGGCAGCUGAGUGCCUCGACGCCGUUGAUGGGAUCGACGCCGCCUCUCCUCUCCGUCCUCGCUGGCGGUACUGGCCAAAUGCCUUCUGGUUCCAACACACAUGCAACUCUCUCGCAUAGCCACCAUGCUGUCGCCGGUACCGCUUCCCUCCCCACGGUUUCCCCCACCUCGGCUCUCCCGGCCCCAGUUCCGGCAGCUAUACCCAAGGCCAGUGCCAAGCCUGGGCUUCUGCCGACCCAAACUGCAGCAGCCACACCCAGCAACAAAAGCUCGGCUGCCUCGUUGUCGGCUUCAGCGCCUGCGAGUACUCUGCCGAUGUCGGCCGAGCUUGGCAAUCUGGCAUCGCAAAAUACCCACGUCCCUCUCAAAGUCGAGCCGUCGGUGCCGCCCCUGCGCACGGGCCAGUCGCUUGCGUCGAUAGCGGCUGCCAAGAGCGACGUUCCCAUCAAGGAGUCCCUGCGGGCCUCGGUGGGUGCCCUGGCCGCAACGAUGCAGUCCAUCAGCGGAGCCAAGUCCACCAGUGCGCUGGCCAUCAAGCAGUUUGCCAACAGCCUCGCUGAAUCGCCCAAGGAAAGGGCAUUCGUCUCGUCACAGAGACAGGCUUCGUCGCAGCUCAGACAACUUGCCAGCCUCACUGCUGCACCGCCGAUCGAGCAACCAGGCAGCCGCCCCUUGCUCAAGGCCGAGGACAGAUCCGAAAUCAAGCGCGAUGAGCCCACUCGGACUGCUCAACUUGCCCAGCUUGCCCAUGCCGCAUCCGAGCGACCCGUGGCCGACCGAAAACCGCCUCCGGAGCCAUCGGUGUCCAAGAUAGGGAUCGAAAGCGAGAGGGUGAAGCGCAAGGCCUCGGAUGCCACCGAAGGCGACAUCUCCGGACCAGACACAUCUGACAGUGGCAGCCUCCCAGCCGAGAAGAAGAGGGCCAUUGGCGCAACGCCAAAGAAUGCGGACGAGAACAAGCGGAAGGCAUGGAAGCGCACGGCACUGAUGAUCUGGAGCAAGAUUGCCGACCACCGCUGCGGCAAUGUGUUCAUGCACCCGGUCAAGAAGGAGCACGUGCCGGACUACUUUGAUAUCAUCAAGCAGCCGAUGAACCUGGCGACGAUCAAGAACCGGAUCCGAGACGGCGAAAUCACCACCAAUGCAGAGUUCCACCGAGACUUGCUGCUGAUCCUGAACAAUGCCCGGCUCUACAACCGCGAAGACUCGGAGAUCUACAAGCACACGACCGAAAUGAACGACUAUGUCGAGGCCGAGAUGCGGACGCUGCUGUACUGCACCGAGGAGUAUGCCGGCCGCCGCUCGAAUGGCUCUGCAACGCCGCUCGAUUAAAUCUGAGAUGCGACGGGAGGUGGAUCCGUGGGAGGCGAGCGAGCCGGCCAUUGCUCAGAGGGGAUCAUCGCCACAUGCAAACACCCGUAUUGCAACGGAGGAGCCAGGCGAGGCGAGCAGGGAGGAAAACAGUAGCCGGCUCCGAGAUGGAUCAGUAAAUACAGCGAGGCUUUGGCCGCGUAGAUGCUGCUGCCGAACCUGCCCCAUCGACGGUGUUGUGUCUCUCCUGUGCUGCUGCCGCUCUCCCGGCCAAACUGCCUCCGC